AUGUUGUUUCCUACUUUCCAGAACCCUAAAGGCUUUGCUCUCGAUUUGCUUCGCUUCAUAGCCAACGAAUCGACCAAGCUGACUCCUCUCCCACUGCCCUUUGGUACCAAGCCACGUUCCGCGGCCACCACAAUUACUGCUUCCCCUCCUAGUAUCAGUGGCCAGCGCGACGCGGAGAAAUCGGCUGACGACGUGACUAGCAAGAUCGUAGACAACAUUGCGGCUUCCCUGGAGGCCCUGCGAAAUGUUGUCCGAAGCACGGCUGAUAUUACACCUCGAUGGACUUUGGACUCGAAAUUAGAGAAAAACCCAGUUUUUUUAAUUGUAUUGUCUCGCUCACGUCUGACAAAUGAUAAAGAUUGCUCGUUUAUCCCAAUACUCCAGACUUCCCGAGGUCAGUAUGCUACGUAUCCUUCCGCCUCGAAUUUAGUUUAUACCGAAGCUUCUCUUUCUUCUAGUGGUGCUCAGGAUCAAUCGCCUGUUGUCUGUUAA